AUUGAAUGAAGACUAGGAUACUCCGGAUGUGGAUGUUAUCAAAGCCUCCUACACUCUUGGGAAGUUCGUAGGAAAACGAGAUAAGAAGUUCAUUUACUGUGAUACAGUUGGCUGAAAAAUGAAACGAUAGAUAAUUCGAAAAUUCUUCUGAAGUAACGAAAGCCCAGAAUUUAUUAGUCAAUUACCAGUAGGCCAGAUAAAAGUGUCGAAGUUCAAAUUUUAAGUUCAGUGUACCCCUUAGUUUAGGCAACGUUUCUGAAGAGAUAAGUGAUUUUAUUUAGGCACAUUCAUAUUGAUGGAGGCGAAGGCACGGAUAUAGUUCGUCAUCGACUUCUAGUUUUAUAUAGUGUCCCAAGUGUGUGCCAUAUGUGGAUGGAUAAACAGGGUCGCUCAGCCAAGUUUUGGUGACUUAAGUAAUUUUGUGGUAUGUGCUAGUGAAUUUGCGUCGCUUGGCCCCGACUUGCCUUCCUAGAAGCGAAACAGGUACCCUGGUUGUGUCGUUCAAGUUCCUUUCAGACAAACGAACGAAGGAGAUCUGUUUCCCAUUACACCGGCGCUUUAGAACUUCAGUCUGUAUGCUUGAAAAGUCCCAGUAUAAAUAUUGCUGGUUAUAUCAGCAGCCAUGUGCGUAGAAAAUUCUUCAGUAGGACCGACUAUAUGGAGAUGUACGGCAUUCUUUUUCAUUGCGUCAAGUAUAUUUGGUAGCUUUGUUGAUGGUCGAGAAUCUACUAGAGCUCAUCCUCUCAGAGCCUCAAAUACAGAUAGAGGGGAUCAGCCCCCACCAUCCGACGAUGAUUACAGUGAAGGAGACAUACUUGAUGUUCACCCUUUAGCUGAGGUGUUCAAUGUACGACAAACCUUUGGUUACGGUAAUAACCAGGGUUAUUCACCAGCGAAGCUGCACCCCUGCGAGCAAAGUUCCUGUUAUCCAGCCACUGGAAAUUUACUGAUUGGAAGGGAAUCCCAACUGUAUGCGUCUUCCACCUGCGGUCUCCAUGGACAAGAAAGAUACUGCAUAGUGUCGCAUUUGCAAGACAGAAAGAAAUGUUUCUGGUGCGAUUCCAGACCCACCACCAAGCCUAAUCCGCAGCUCAACCACAACAUCAGCAAUAUAGUUUAUAGAUUGUACCCGGGCACGAGACAAAAGUCAUGGUGGCAGUCUGAGAAUGGAAAAGAAAAUGUCUACAUCCAACUCGAUCUGGAGGCUGAGUUUCACUUCACCCAUUUGAUUAUCACAUUCAAGACCUUCAGGCCUGCUGCGAUGCUCAUCGAAAGGUCUUAUGACUUCGGGAAGACUUGGCAGGUAUACAGAUACUUCGCACAGAACUGCCAGGAAAGUUUUGGAAUAGCUUCCAAAUAUCCAGUGAAUUUGACAGACGUUGUGUGCGAGUCAAGAUACUCAAAUGUUGCUCCAUCCACCGAUGGAGAAAUCAUAUACAGGGUAUUACCACCUACACUCCAUAUCGACAACCCUUAUUCCACAGAAGUUCAGAAUUUACUGAAAAUGACUAACCUACGUAUCAAUUUCACCAAACUCCACACAUUAGGAGACGAUUUGUUGGAUAAGAGGGGCGAUCUUCAGGAAAAAUAUUAUUACGCUAUAACAGAUAUGGUUGUGAGGGGUUCGUGCUCUUGCUAUGGACAUGCCAAUCGGUGUCUGCCACUUCCAGGCAUUGAUCCGAAACCAGAUAUGGUCCAUGGUAGAUGUGAAUGUACCCACAAUACCAAGGGAAGAAAUUGCGAAAAAUGUGAAGAUUUCUUCAACGACUUACCAUGGAGACCUGCCAUUGGAAAACAAACCAAUGCUUGCAAAAGGUGUAACUGCAACAACCAUGCAACGAGUUGUCACUUCGACCCUGCCUUGUAUGAAGCUACUGGAAGAGUCAGUGGUGGAGUUUGUGUAGGGUGUCAGCACAACACAAUUGGACCUAAUUGCGACCAAUGUUCAAAUUUCUACUAUAAGGACCCUGAAAGAGACAUUCAAGAUCCAGAAGUUUGUAGACCUUGUGAUUGUGACCCUGAUGGAUCCUUAGACGGAGGUAUUUGCGACUCAGUCACAGAUGAGGCUAAUAAUUUGGUAGCUGGUAGAUGUCACUGUAAGAAAAACGUCGAAGGAAGACGUUGCGACACUUGCAAAAACGGAUUUUGGAACUUCACGAACGCAAAUCCUGAUGGUUGUCAAUCUUGCACUUGCAACACUCUGGGUACGAUCGACAAUCAGGGUUGCAAUAUGCGCACCGGAGAGUGCUUCUGCAAGAGAUACGUCACUGGCAGGGAUUGCAAUCAGUGCCUUCCAGAGUUCUGGGGUCUUUCGGAGAAAAAAGACGGUUGCCAAUUUUGCGAUUGUGACCGUGGUGGAUCUGUCGACAAUAAUUGCGAUGUGAUAACUGGUCAGUGCCAGUGUAGGGAGCAUAUGACAGGAAGGAGGUGCGAUACACCGAAACAGCAGUAUUUCACAGCCAGUUUGGAUUUCCUGUUGUACGAAGCAGAGUUGGCCCGAGCUUCUCCAAACUGCCAAGUUGUCAUCCGGGAACCUUACCGAGAUGGCAGACCGAACACCUGGACCGGUACCGGCGUUCUGAAGACCUUCGAGAACGCGUAUUUCGAAUUCUCAACCAACAACAUCGAGAAGACUUCCAAGUACGAAAUCGAGAUACGCUACGAACCCACCCUACCCCAAACCUGGGAAGACGCCCAGAUCACAGUCUCACGACCUGGACCGGCCGAUCCUAACGGCCCUUGCGCCAACUCGCCAGAAGUUGAGACCAGAAAAGUCGUUCUGGAACCGAACAGCAGAAGAUUCUUGGCCAGUCCCCCGGUUUGCUUCGAAGCCGGCGUAACUUACAAGAUCAACAUGGACUUCAGAAGGUUCGACAGCAGGAAAGAAUCCCCGACCGCUUCUGUUCUCAUCGAUUCGGUGGUGCUUCUACCUUCGAUCGAUUACAUUCCCUGGUUUGCGACGAACACAACGGAAGGCCUUAAGAACUAUCAGGAGUACGAGAGGAACAACUGCAACGAGCCGCAAUAUCAAAGAAACCCAGAAGAGGCUCCAGAAAUUUGCCAAAAUAUGUACAACAGCAUCGCCGCUUACAUUUUCAACGGAGCCUUCAACUGCCAAUGCGACCCCGAGGGGUCGGAAAGUAAAUUCUGCAAAAAAUCCGGUGGGUACUGCACGUGCAAACCGAACGUUGUUGGAAGAAGAUGCGACAGAUGUGCUCCGGGAACUUAUGGCUUCGGCCCGGAUGGCUGUAAAGCCUGCGACUGUAACAGUAUCGGCGCUUUGGAUAACUUCUGUAACACCACCACCGGGCAGUGUAAGUGCCGAGCGAACACCUACGGAAGGGAGUGCAACAGGUGCAGGAACGGCUUCUGGAACUUCCCCAAUUGUGUCAGGUGCGAUUGCAACGGACACUCUGACACUUGCGAUCCGUUGACAGGAGCUUGCGAGGAAUGUAAAGAUAAUACGGAAGGUCAUACUUGCGACCGCUGUAAGAUCGGAUUUUAUGGGGAUCCACGGUUGAACGUGGACAUUCCUUGUAGACCUUGUCCGUGUCCAGGCUUGGGAAAUCAUUCGUUCGCCAGCAGCUGCUCCUUGGACCCUUACACCAAGGAUGUCAUUUGUGACUGUCAGAAAGAAUAUUCAGGUUCAAGGUGUGAUAUUUGCGCGGACAACUACUACGGAAAUCCUGAGGUACCCGGAGGAAAAUGCCAAAAGUGCGAUUGCAGCGAUAAAAUAGACGAACUGAAGCAGGGAAAUUGUGACCCACACACCGGCAAAUGUUUGCAGUGUCUCUAUGACACCACAGGGGACCAUUGUGAGGUUUGCAGGCCGGGUUACUUCAGAUAUUCAGAGGAUGAAAUGUGUGAAGAAUGUGUUUGCCACGCUCUGGGAACGAACAGGACAGCAGGUCCAUGCGAUCCCAACACUGGCCAGUGUCCAUGCCUUCCACAUGUGACUGGAUUACAUUGUAAUGAAUGUAUAGAAAACUAUUGGAGGAUAGCCAGUGGCGAAGGUUGCUCAUCUUGCGACUGUGAUCCAUCGGGGUCAGUUCAAGCACAGUGUAACGAGUAUGACGGUCAGUGUGAAUGCAAACCAGGAUUUGGAGGCCGGCAGUGUAACGAAUGUAUGGCUCAAUUCUGGGGAGAUCCUAAAGUCGAAUGCAAAGAGUGUCAUUGCAACAACCAGGGUUCCAAAACGUUGCAGUGUGACAUGAGAACAGGAGAUUGCAAAUGUUUACCAGGUAUUGGAGGCACAAAAUGUGAUACCUGCGCUAGAGGUUACCUGGGAAAUUCACCAAAAUGUUAUCCAUGCGGAGAAUGCUUUGAUAAUUGGGAUAGAAUCCUGGACGAUAUGAAAAACAAUACAAUCGACUUGAUCAAGAAAGCCGGACUCAUCAAGAAAGUAGGUGCGAGAGGUGCAUAUACCAAAGAAUUCGACGAUAUGCAGAACCAGUUAGACGACAUAGAAGAUCUGUUGAACAAUUCAGACGACGUCGAUGUUGAAGCCAUCAACGAAGAGCUCAGCAGCUUAAGGAAGAAGCUGAAUAUAACCGAACAAGAAAAAUUGAAAGAUCUGGACGAAACCCUUGCCAACACAAAGGAGAACGUGCUACUCACCGAAAUCAAAAUAAAUAAUUUGAAAGACCGCAUCGACCAGCUGAACAACAAGAUAAAGGAGUUGCAGAACAACGGAACUCAAUUGCAAGAGCACAAUGUACAGGGUGCGCUAUCGCUGAUUCAAGCUGCUAAAGCGAAAGCUGACGAAGCGGUGCAAAACGCUGAAAACACCCAAAAAACCAUCAGUGAAAGCGAGAGGCAGUGUAAAUCGGCUGAAAACUUCUUGAAUACAACUAAGGAUACGUACAAAACGCUCCUGGAUGAGAACUCUCUUAAAAUCGAAACUAUAGCGAACAAUUCUCGAGAGUUGAGUCGCGUUUUGCCAGAUCUCAACGAGUUGGUUUGCGACGGACGCGGUGAUCCUUGUGACUCAAUUUGUGGCGGUGCAGGAUGCUCCAGCUGCGGAAAUUCCAUAUCAUGUGAAGAUGGUGCCAAGCAACAAGCCGAGACAGCUCUCAGCUUGGCCAAUAGUAGCGAGAUAGCCUUGAGAACUAAAGAAGGAAUAAUAAAUAAUUUCAUCAGAAAUGUUUCCCAGAUUAACACCAACGAGGGUAAAAAGCUUGCCGAAGACGCAUACCAAGAAGCGGAGAAACUCUUCAAAAAAUAUAACUCGACCGGCGUGAAUGCCAACGAUUUGAAGAACAAAAUUGAUACAUUCUUGAAGAAGAAUAUAACAGACCCGGAGGUGGUGAAGGAACACGCUAAAAAGGUUCUAGAGAAAAAAAUUGACGUUUCUACACCAGAAACUAUCAAGAAACUGGCGAAUGAUAUCAAGAAAAAGGUUGAUUCGUUGACUAACACCGAGGCUAUAAUCCAGGCUACAAGAGAAGAUCUGAUUAUAGUGAAUAAACUCAAAGAUGCAGCUGCUGAUGCUAGGAUGAAAGCUGGAAAUUUAUCGUCUGACGCGAAUACAGUCAAGAAGGCCUUAGAAAACUCGACUCUUGCCCAAGAAAAUGCCGGAAAAGCUAUCGAUAAAGCAUUGAAUAACACAGCAGAGGUCAACAAGCUUCUCACGCAGAUUAAGGAGAAAACUAUGUCUGCUGAGGGUACAACGAAUUCAACGGCCGAAACUAUAAAGAAACUGGGUGAAAAACUGAACGAUUUGCAGCAGAACAUAACUAACAAUGGCAUAUACGCAAAUCGGGUUAAAAAUGAAACGGCAACUAUCCUGAGUAAGGCAGAAAAAGCGUACGAAGAUUUCAAUUCUCUGCACUCAAAAUACGAAACUGCUAGGCACAAGUUGAGCACAAAUAUAAAUAAUGUUAACUCUCUAAAGGAAAAGGCUGACUUGUUGUUCCAGAAGGUGGUUUCUUUGCUUGCACAUAUAACCAAAACAGAAGAAGCAAUAACCAAGUUGGAAGCUUCGUCCCAACAAGACCCUUCAAGUAUGGAGAAUCAACUCGCCAUGCUGAUAAAGAAGGCAAAUAAUUCCACUGCUGAAAUAGAGAAGAGGAUCAAAUACUAUAAGAAUUGUAAUUAGUUUGUUCGAUAUAUGUGUACAUAAGUAGCUAGUUUUAAUAAUGAAUUGAUAAGAUUAGAGCAGAAUAAUGCGAAGGAGCUAAAAUGUUGUCAUAUCAAAGUCAAGUUCAAUGAAAAGAAAAAUUGUAUUGAUUUUGAACAGUUUAAGAUAAUUUUAUAAAGCUUCAGUGUUCAUUUAGGAGUUUAAACAAUUUGUACCAAACUACUUUAUUUAUAUUAAACGAUUAUAAAAUUCA